AUGCUGGGGCAGUUAAAUAAUUAUCUUCAAAUCAAAAAAGUCAAAACCAGCCCCGUGAACACCACUCUCCCCUUUCCAAUAAAGGGAUUAGUAGGUUAUUCAGAAUUAAUUCCCAUGUCAGGAGAAAGCUCAACAAUCACCGUUCGUCUUGUUCGCUCUUUUGAACACCGGAACUUCAGACCUGUGGUGUACCAUGGAGUUAACUUGGAUCAGACAGUAAAACAGUUCAUGGCUUUUGUGCAGAAGGAUGUGCCUUCAAGAACAGGACUUCCUCCUCCUUUCAGAAAUCACAAGUAUGAUACAAUGAAGAUUAUUCACCAAGCACACAAAUCUAAGACUGGUGAACUCGUAGUGAGUUUGGAAGAUGAUGAGACACUGAUUUUGAAAGAAGACAGCACACUGAAAGCAGCUGGAGUAGCAAAUGAGACCGAAUUAGCAUUCUUCUGUGAGGAAGAUUACAGAAACUACAAAGCUAAUCCUGUUUCGGCCUGGUGAUCCAGUUGCAAGCUGAGAUGUUUCACUUUCAUUCCCUGGAAGAAUUCAGCACAUUCCCUGACAGAUGAUUGACUUAAAAACGAGCUUGCAGGUAACAGUCCAAGAGUUACCACAGGCAUGAGAGAAUUUCCAUGGGUCCUGUCCUUGGAAGCUAACAGCCACAGAAAUCCUGAGUAUCCAGAGAUUAAGAAUGAAAAACCAGGACAUGCAAUAGUCAUUCUUGGUCUCAUAUGACUGAUGGUUUCAGAGGAACUUCAGCUGGCUGGAGACAUUACAAAUACUCCAGGCAAGUGCACACUUGUUCUUAUUGGACAGUUUGGACUCAGCUUCCUUUCUGUAGUACUACUUGGCACAGAUUUGCAAAUGAUUAAUGAGUCAAGCAAAGAUGCCCAGGAGACAACUUUGCUAUUUUUCAUAUUAUCAGGUUAUUGACUUUUAUAUUCUAUUUCUUUUUCUGCCUACUCUCCUAAUGAGCUAAAGAAACAGACACACCCUUGUAUGUUUUCCCAGCCA